AUGGGAUCAGUAGAAUUACCUUCUAUUGAUCUUUCUUUAAAAGAUUCAAAACAUGUCGCUGCGGAGCUAAUUACAGCAUGCAAGCAGUGGGGAUUCUUCACAGUGAAAAACCAUGGAAUCCCUCUGGAAGAUGUAGCUCGAAUUUUCAAGAUUAGCGAUGAGUUUUUCAACUCUCCUUUAGAGGAAAAGAAACAAUUUAUGUUUAAAGAAGAGCGAUUACAUUCAGGAUAUACAGGACACGUUGGAGAAAAGUUGGAUGCCGAACAUCAAUGUAGAGGAGAUAUGAUCGAGUCCUAUGAUAUAGCAGGAUUUCCUAGUCCAGAUUCAAAAGUAAAUAGUCCAGUCAUCCAAAAGUACUUUCUUGAACUAAAAGCCUUUCAACGGCAAUGUCAUUAUCUUUCAUUAAAAAUCCUUGACCUUAUUGCUGGUGGGUUUGGACUUUCAUCGGAUUUUUUCAGCAAGUACCAUAGUUCGUCUAAGGAUAUUCUUCGUUUGUUAAAGUAUAGUAUUCCUGAGGGAGUAAAACGCCGAGAACAUGAUGAAGAUGCCGGCGCUCAUUCCGACUAUGGAUCCAUUACUCUACUGUUUCAAAAAGAUAUGGGAGGUUUACAAAUUCGACCACCAGAGUCAUACAAUGUAGCCGACUGGCUGAAAGUCUCCGUAGACGAAACAUCAAUUGUUGUCAAUAUUGGAGAUAUGUUACAAUUUUGGACGAGUGGACGGCUUAAAAGCACUGUUCACCGGGUAAGACUUGAUCCAGACAUAAAAUCCAGACAAACGAUUGCAUAUUUUGUAAUACCUGAUUCUGAAACUAUUAUAGAUCCAGUGUAUGAGGACGAAAACGAAAGCGAAGGAAAAGGAAAUAGCGUGAAGAUAGUACCGGCCAGCGAAUAA